AUCCUAGAUCUUGAACUUUUGGAGUACUGAUUCUUUCUAACUAGUAUAAAGGGGUCAAGUUGCACUCAUUUUUUAGCUCUCAUACUUCUCAAUUAGAUCAGAUCUAGAUCUCUCUGUACCACUCAAUAUGUCAACUUUCUUGAUAAGGAUACUUCUUCCUUUGCUAGUCAUAGCAAUGACAUUUCCUCAACGUUCAGUGGCAGAAUCGGAACAAUGGUGUGUAGCGGAUGAACAAACACCAGACGACGAGUUGCAGGCAGCUCUAGAGUGGGCUUGCGGUAGCGGUGGAGCUGACUGUAGCAAAAUGCAGCAGGAAAACCAGCCUUGCUUCUUGCCAAACACAAUCAGGGAUCAUGCCUCCUUUGCCUUUAACAGUUAUUACCAAAGUUAUAAGCACAAAGGUGGUUCUUGUUACUUCAAAGGUGCUGCUAUGAUUACUGAGCUUGACCCUAGUCAUGGUUCUUGCCACUAUGAGUAUAACCCCUGAUUCAAAUGAGACAGCAAAGACAAGAUGAAAAGCUAUGAUUCUGCAUUUAUACAUUUUUCCUUUGUAAUGUUAUCUAUAUACUCUGCUUCACUCAGAAACUGCUCUCUCAAUACUCUUGAGUCUUUGAUAAAUUUUCUUCAAUACAACCUGCUUCCAUCAAUCUUGUCUUACAAGCUCUCCUCUAGUUGUGGUAAAUACACUGUUACAUUAUAUGAUAAUGUGGUUAAUACAUAA